UCUCUCUCUCUCUCUCUCUCUCACCGGACAGUCAGGAUACAGAAGUCAAAGUAUGAAGCUUUAGUUAAAAGCAGCCACCUGAUGAUUGUAGACCCUUUUCUUUGUUUUGUUCUUUUUUUUUUUGCUGGUUCUGGUUGUUUUCCAGAGGUUGUCUGUCCCCGCGGAUACCGACCCCGUCCCUGCUGCCACGUUUUAACAACAUAACGGGGUUGCCUCGACCGAUAUUGUUGUGAUCUCCCCCCCCACCACCACCACCACCCCCUCUCUGUCAGGACGUCCGGAGACGUGGAGACAGAAAAACUUUUCUUUUUCGGAACUUGUUUCUCGUCUCGGGAGGGGCGGUAUAGUUUGCAGAUACCAGAAUGCUGCCCCAGCUCCUCACCCUGGCCUGGGGCCUCUGCUGCUUUGGUUCUACCUCGGUCACUGCAAAUGUACUGCAAGCAGAGGCUUGGCUGCAGAAGUAUGGCUACCUGCCUCCAGGCGAUGUCAGAGCCCAGGCCAUCCGCUCGCCAAAGUCCAUCGAAACAGCGAUAGAGGCCAUGCAGAGGUUUUACGGUUUGACCGUCUCCGGCUCCAUAGACUCCAACACGAUAGAGGCGAUGAGCCGGCCGCGGUGCGGUGUCCCCGACAAGUUCGGCCCGCAGCUCAAGACCAACCUGAGGAGGAAGAGAUACGCCGUGCAGGGUCUGAAGUGGGACAAGUCCGAGGUGACCUUCAGCAUAGAGAACUACACCCCGAAGGUCGGCGAGCGAGCCACGCACGAGGCCAUCCGGAAGGCCUUCCGCGUGUGGGAGAGCGCCAUCCCGCUCACCUUCAGGGAAAUCCCCUACAGCCACAUCAGCGGCAAGGUGGACAAGUACGCCGACAUCAUGCUCUCCUUCUCGGAGGGCUUCCACGGAGACAGCACGCCGUUCGACGGCGAGGGCGGCUUCCUGGCUCACGCCUACUUCCCCGGGCACGGCAUCGGCGGGGACACGCACUUUGACCUCGCCGAGCCCUGGACCACCGGCAAUGUCGACCAGGGAGGGAACGAUAUUUUCCUGGUUGCCGUCCACGAGUUGGGUCAUGCGUUGGGCCUGGAGCACUCCAACAGCCCCUCUGCCAUCAUGGCGCCCUUCUACCAGUGGUUUGACACCGAAAACUUCCAGCUCCCCGACGACGACCGCAGAGGCAUCCAGGCAAUCUAUGGAACCAAGACCGGGGCUCCGCCUCCUCCCCCUCCCCGACCCACGAAGCCGUCCAAACCCGAGAAGCCGGACCACGGCCCGGACAUCUGCGAGGGACACUUUGACACCAUCGCCGUCCUCAGAGGGGAGAAGUUUGUAUUCAAGGACAAGUGGUUCUGGCGCGUGCGCAACAACAAGGUGUUGCCGGGUUACCCGAUGGCCAUCGGUCACUUCUGGAAGGGCCUGCCGUCAAACAUCAACGCCGCCUACGAGAGGGACGAUGGGAAGUUUGUCUUCUUCAAGGGUGACAGGUACUGGGUUUUCAGUGAGUCCACCAUGGACAAGGACUCUCCCAAGAGCCUGGCAGACCUGGGCACUGGUCUCCCUAAAGACAAGCUCGACGCCGCUCUCUUCUACACACCGACGGGACAGACGUACUUCUUCAGAGGCACCAAGUACUACCGCUUCAACGAGCAGACCCGCACCGUGGACACCGGCUACCCGAAGCCCCUCAGCAUGUGGAGCGGCGCGCCGGACAACAUCAAGUCCGCCAUCAUGAGCGAGGACGGAUCUUACACGUAUUUCUACAAAGCCAACAAGUACUGGAAGUUCAACAACCAGUACAUGAAGGUGGAGUCCGGCUACCCCAAGUCCGUGCUCCGGGACUGGAUGGGCUGCGAGAGCGAGGAGCCCAAGAAGGGUCGGGAGGAGGAGGUGAUCAUCAUCGAGGUGGACGAGCGGCAGGGCGGGGGCGCCGGGCCCGUGGCCGUGGUGAUCCCUCUCCUGCUGCUGGUGCUGGUGGUCGUCACCCUGGGGGCGCUCUUGUUCUUCCGGAAGUACGGCACGCCCCGGCGCCUCCUCUACUGCCAGAGAUCCCUCCUGGACAAGGUGUAGAGACAAAAGGCGCCUGGCUGAUCGACAGACUGCCGCGGAGGGACAGAAAGAGAGGGGGAGAGAGCGAGGGCGAACGAGGGCCCGGUUUGACGACGGCGACUGAAAAGGGCGGGAAGAGGCGAAGGAGACGGAGAAGGAGCGGGCGGUCCGGAGGGGGAAAAGGGACGGGAGGAUGGAAGGGGGGGGGCGAAGUGUUAAGGCUUUUUUGGGUGGUUUGUAUGUGCCACGGAAAAAUAAAAGAGAAGGGCCCUAGAAACUGAAAUCAGGAAAAAAAAAAUGUGUAUUUGUAUGUUUAACUAUUGACAUGUACUGCUCUGUGUCCAGAGAUUAAAGAACACAACGUCACUUAGAGAAAAGGGAAAUGCGCAAAGACUCACGCGAUCCAUCGGCUUCCCUCCCAACCUCUCUCCUCUCUCACAUCCCAGGUAUCAAAAGAGAAAAAGAAAAAGAAAAAAAACAACCCCCCCCCCCCCCCGCCCCAUUGCUUCCUCUACUUAAACUGGACGACUCCGGCUGAACUGCUGUCUGAUUCACUCGUUUCACCGCCGGAAGAGUUUGUGCUCUGGAAAUGCAUUCGCCGUCAAAUCCAUUGGGGUUUUUUUUCUCUUUUCUUUUCUUGAAUCCAGUAUUUUUUUUGCAAAGUUGAACCCAGAAACAUGGCCUGUAUUUGUUUGAAUUUGCUUCCACCACCAAAUAGGGGCUGGGCAUGGAACCUCACACUUCUUCAGUGCCGCCAGAAAAUCCAAGUCCGCAGCGGCGAGUCGUCGAUUAUUCAUCAGCGAAAUCACAUUUGGCUCUUUUUUCUUUUGACAUUUGCGGUUGUUCAGCGAGAACGUUCUUUUGGUAAAUGCAAAAGAAGAAAAAGGAAGAAGAUGAAUGUUGAAGUGUUUAUAUACUGCUCAAAGUACGGUACUCAAGUAUCGUAUCAGCACCAUUAUACAACAUUUUUAAAAAACAAUUCCCAGCCUUUCUCCGUGUCCAUGUUCAGUCGCAGUUAUUGAUACUUUGACACAAGAGUAAGUAUUAGUAUUCAUUCAAGCAGAAUUACACGCACAGAGGUCAGGACUUUACACGCCGGAGGGAACUCGAUUGUCACGGCACCCCUUGUCAAAACGUCCAAAACAAAAGAUGUAUUCGAAUCAUUUCCGGUGUUUGUGUUUUAAAAGUGAGCAUACAGCUGUGGUUUGUACCUGCAACUUCCGCUGUGCAGGCGAAACUCUUCCCUCAGUGCAAGCAGUCAGGCGGGAAUUACAUUUGUUAUUUUCUUUGUGCGUGACGUUUUAUCCCACAAAUGGCGGCGUGGACACAUUCUGGCACGUUAGAUUCGUCGGACGCGAGCGGAGCUGCUCGAACGCGGUACAGUUUUCCAACAAUACGGUGCAAUUUCUUCUUAAUUAUUAUCGUCGCUAUUGGGAAAUUGUUGUUAUUAUAAGUAUGGUUAUUGUUAUUAUUGUUCUCCUGGUAACGUUUUUUUUUUUUUUUGCUUUUGUACAUUGUCACUUGGAGUCCUGCUGGACAGAGGCAUAACGUGACAAUGAUGGAAAUGAUGAAUCCCCGGUUUCCAUUCGGCGUGCGGUGAAUUGGAUCCGAUCGGACGGCGAGUGUGAGAUCAGGGAGUUUCUGGGGGUUUGUGAAACACCCGAAAUCACCCGGAAGUCGGCACAGAAUGACAAACAAUGCUAUUUAUGAACUUUGACACAUACGGUGCUCAUUGAGUUGGGUUUUUUUUUUUUCUUUUGCUCUUUACUCAAUCAAAAUUGAAGGUGAAUUGAUUUAGUUCAUAACAAUGAUAAAAGUAAUGAUAUUUAUAAUGAUGAUCAUAUCAAUAAAAUGGAAUGAGAGGGUUUUUUUCGUUCUCCUGCCUGUUUUCACUUUUUGUAUUUCAGUAGAUGAAGUGAAAUUAAACUAUUUUCUACA